CUCGCUUCCCCCACCUUCCAUUGGCGGACGACUCUGCCACUUUGUCAGUCAGUGGGAGGAAUCCACGUCCGAGGAUUGGGUCCUUCGGACUGUGAGACUAGGUCUUACCUUGGAAUUCAGAACCAGGCCCCCCAACCGUUUCCUUCCCUGCCCUAUUCCUCGUCAGCCAGGGAAACAUCAGCAGUUGAGGAAGGAGAUCCAACAUUUAAUAGAUAUAGGGGCUAUAGAGCCUGUUCCUGCAGGGCAAGAAAGGUCGGGGGUGUAUUCUGUUCUGUUCCUAGUUCCCAAGGCCUCCGGGGGCUGGAGAGCCAUCCUAAAUCUCAAAUUUGUCAACAAAUUCCUUCUAUUCCGAAAGUUCAAAAUGCAGUCCCUCAGGACUAUUCUGGAUUGUGUGCGGAAGAACGAUGUGAUGACAUCGCUGGACCUCCAGGAAGCUUACCUGCACGUGCCAAUCCACCCGGCCCAUCGCCGAUUCCUGAGGUUUGCUUAUGCAGGAGUACACUACCAAUAUCGGACCAUGCCGUUCGGCCUUUCCUCCGCACCUCGAACUUUUACAAAGUUGUUGGCGGUGGUGGCUGCGACUAUCCGGCUGGUUCCGAUCAGAAUUCUCUGUUAUCUCGACGAUAUUUUGCUGCUUUCUCAGUCUCCUCAACAGGCUCUGCAGGAUCUGGAGACGGUGACCAACAUCAUCACACGACACGGCUUCUCCAUAAACCAUCGAAAGAGCCAUCUUCAGCCUACAACCAGAAUUGCGCACCUGGGGGCGCUGAUAGAUUCGGAGGAGGGACUGGUUUACCUGUCGCCGGAACGCCAAACCGACAUCAGGACCUUAGUUCGACAUGUCCUAGAUCGUCCACAGGUAACAUUUCUAACCUUAUCAAAGUUGCUCGGGAAAUUUAUUUCCUGUAUCUCAAUAGUGCCGUGGGCGCGAAGGCACGGACGCCAACUCCAGUGGUUCCUCCUGCCAGCGCAGAAGUCGGGCCAGGGCACAUCUGCAUCCAAGGUGAGGCUUCCUCCCAGAGUACGAGCGUCCCUCAGGUGGUGGGACUCAGAGGCGAUCAGCAAGGGUUGUUUCUUCCAGGAACCCAACAGGAUUGCGGUGACAUCAGACGCGAGCCUGUUGGGCUGGGGCGCCCACCUGGGGUCAGAGGUUGUCCAGGGUCUGUGGUCUCCCUUAGAAGCCAAGAACAGCAUAAAUUGGCUAGAGCUUCGAGCUGUCCGCCUUGCCUUGAGACACUUCCAGGACAUGCUUCUUCACCAGCAUGUCCUGGUUCUGACGGACAAUACGACCACCAAGGCCCAUAUCAAUCGCGAGGGGGGCACCCGAUCCCCCUUGCUAAUGACAGAGACAGAUAUGUUGAUGACCUGGGCCGAGACUCAUGUUCUUUCCCUGAGGGCGGAACACAUUUCAGGGUCCGCCAACGUCCGGGCCGACUGGCUCAGCCGGAAGCAAUUAGACCCCUCCGAGUGGAAACUCCACCCGGACCUGUUCCAGUGCAUCGUAGACAAGUUCGGCCUUCCGAUCCUAGACCUCUUUGCCAGCCCGGAGAAUACUCAGCUUCCUCUGUUCAUCUCAAGAUUUCCAUGUCAAGGGGCUCUAGGUCACGACGCCCUCCAUUGUCAGUGGCCCCGGGGUCUACUAUAUGCCUUUCCGCCUCUAGCCCUCAUCCCGAGGGUAAUAAGGAAGCUGAUAGCUGUAGGGGCGGAGGUCCUCCUGUUAGCCCCGCAUUGGCCAAGACGACCUUGGUUCGCCGACCUGGUGGCCCUGUCGGUGUCGCCCCCCUGGACAAUACCUCAGGACCGGAUCUCUCUCAGCCAGGGGGCAGUUCAACAUCCAGACCCCGGUUGGCUGCGCUUAACCGUGUGGCAUUUGAGAGGGUCCUCCUGAGAAGGCGUAACGUUCCGGGUAGGGUGAUUGGCACCAUUCAGGCUGCUAGGCGGCCCUCUACCACAAGGAUUUAUGAGUCGUCCUGGCGGACCUUCUGCAGUUGGUGCCGUCUGCAUCAUGUGGACCCUACGUCGGCCAGUGUUCCUGACAUCCUGGUGUUUUUGCAAGAUGGGUUUGACAAGGGGUUGGCUCCUUCUACCUUAAAAAGACAGGUGGCUGCUUUAUCUACGGUUUUAUCCAAGGAAGCCACUAUCCCGCUAACUCUUGACCCGAGCAUUAAAGGGUUUUUGAAGGGAGCUUCAAAUAUUCGACCUACUAUGAUUCAUAGGUAUCCAACUUGGGACUUGACAUUAGUUCUACAAGCCCUUACCUCUCCACCGUUCGAACCUUUAGGUUCAGCCAGUCUCAAGCUUUUAUCGUUUAAAGUCACUUUUCUUUUGGCCAUUACCUCAGCCAGGAGAGUGUCUGAGUUGGCAGCAUUAUCUAUUCGCCAGGACUUAUGCAUUUUUAAGCCUAACACGGUGGUUCUGAGAUUAGACCCGGCCUUUCUGCCUAAAAUUAAUUCCAGCUUUCACAGAUCUCAGGAAAUAAUCUUGCCAGAUUUUUGUCCCUCUCCCAGGCAUAGGUUGGAAGAUCAGUGGCACACACUUGACGUGCGUCGAGCGCUCAGAAGAUACAUCGCGCGCACAUCGCUAUUUCGUAAGUCGGAGGCACUCCUAGUGUCCUUCCACCCCUCGUCUUUGGGACAGAAGAUUUCUUCUAGAACGGUGGCUUGUUGGAUUAAGGCGUGUAUUGCCCUCGCCUAUUCCUCUAAGGAUAGGCCGGUUCCAGGUAAUGUGUGGGCUCACUCUACGAGGAGCGCUGCAACUUCUGCUGCGUGGUCUACCCAGGCUUCAGUGGUGGACAUUUGCAGGGCGGCCACUUGGACUUCCUUGACUCCAUUUGUUCGUCACUACAAAAUAGACACCUUUGCGUCCGCUGAGGCAUCCUUUGGACGCAGGGUGCUACAACGAGUGGUUUCAGCGUCCAGCGAGGGGACCAGUCAGCUUCCCACCCCUUAACUCCUGACGCUUGGGCAUAUCCCAUCUAUAAUGAAGUGACUUAGCAGCGCAAUGGAAAACGGACGUUGCUUACCUGAACGUCCAUUUUCUUUGCGCUGCGUGUCACUUCAUCUCUCCCGAUUUGCUGCCUGGUCCUGGGCAGCGGGAUUGUUUCUGUUUUCUCAUCAGCUCCUGGGCUUGACACGCGACUUCGCGAAACAACUGAGGAGACAGAGAGCAGAGGGGGC